AUGGAAAAGCUCAAGCGGGCUGUCCGAAAGGCGUCCAACAUACUUGGCAGAACAAGCAUCCCGUUCUGGUCUCCUCGCUAUGAAGCUCACAUGUGCACCGAUAUGAGCAUGGCUUCGCUCCUGGGUUACUUUAUGACUAUGCUAUACAAUCCCAACAAUGUUGCAAUCGAAGCUAGCCCUUUGUCGACAGUGGCUGAGAUUGAGGUUGGAGAGCAGCUGUGCGAACUCUUUGGAUACAACAUUGAUCCAGAAAAUACCGACGCUCCUACCGGCUGGGGCCAUGUGACUUGCGAUGGAACAAUCGCAAAUCUUGAAUCCAUCUGGUAUGCUCGCAACUUGAAGUUUUACCCGCUAUCUCUGCGCAAGGCUUUUGAAACAGGAAAUCCGCUUGACUUUCUGUCAGGCAGUUUCUACGUUGAAACAUGCCAGGGCGAAUACAAGCUGUUCACUCAGCUUUCAACAUGGGAACUACUGAAUCUCAAGCCAGCAGAAGUUCUCAAUCUUCCUGAUCGACUUUAUCAAGAACAUGGAAUUUCGAAUGAUUUUCUUUCCGAAAUCAUGAAGAAAUUCACCAUUCAGUCUACUGGGAAAGAUGAGCUCGAGAAGGAGUUCAACAUGGACAAACCGUGCCAAUACAUGGUAGCAACGACUAGACACUAUUCCUGGCCUAAAGGAGCUGCCAUUUGUGGAUUGGGUUCCGAUAAUGUGGUCGGUAUCCCCGUCGACUAUGAAGCACGCUUAGACUUGGAUGAGCUAGAGAAGCAAUUGAGAAAGAGCCUCGAAACGAAGCAGGCCGUCCUUGCAGUGGUGGGAAUUAUUGGAUCAACCGAAGAGGGCGCCGUGGACCCUCUCAGUGGCAUUCUUGCCCUACGCAAGCAGUUUCAGGCAGAGGGCCUUUCGUUUCUCGUUCAUGCCGAUGCAGCUUGGGGCGGUUAUUUCUGCUCAAUGCUGCCCAAGGACUAUCGUCCUGGAGAUGUCAUUAAUCUACCCACUGAAAUGGGUGCAGCUGACGGCUUUGUCCCUGACGCUAGCUUGCGCGCUCAGACCCAGGAGGAUCUAUAUGCCAUGCGUUUUGCCGAUUCUAUUACUGUUGAUCCACACAAAGCAGGCUAUAUCCCCUAUCCAGCUGGUGGGCUUUGCCAUCGCGACGCUCGCAUGCGAUUUUUGGUGACUUGGACAAGUCCCUACCUGUCACGUGGCUCGGUCACAAGCAUUGGAAUUUAUGGCGUUGAAGGAAGUAAGCCCGGAGCUUCGGCGAUGUCUGCAUGGCUAUCUAACAAGACCAUCGGACUGGACCAAAAGGGCUACGGAUCUCUGCUGGCAGAAGUCACAUGGACAUGUACCAGGCUCUCAGCCGAGUGGGCGGCUUUGACAGAUGCAAGCAGUCCUUUCAUCUGCGUGCCAUUUAACAUGUUGCCAUCUGAAUUAGAGCAACCCCCAAGCGAGGAAAAGAUCGAGGCAGAGAAGAGGCGAAUUCGAAAUGACAUCGUGAACAAGACGAAUGCCAAGAUCCUAGAAGAGGACCAGACGAGACCGGAUGAUCAAAAGGCCAUGAAACUUAUGAGAGCAUUGGGUUCCGACCUCAACAUCAAUGCUUUUUCUUUGAACUUCCGUUAUGAAGAUGGGCGGCUGAACGAUGACAUCGAAGAGGCCAAUUACCUCAUGCAGAGAGUUGUCGAGACGCUCUCGGUUGACAGUCCUACUGACGACCCAACAAAGAUACCGCUGUACCUUACAUCGACGGAAUUUUCUGACGAGCUUUACGGGAAGUGUAAGGAGCAUUUCGUCAGACGACUUGGUUUGGCACAAAGCACACAGGAUUUGAUGGUGUUACGCAACGUUGUGAUGUCUCCUUUCCCCACUGACGGUAACUUCACAAACAGCCUCGCUCAGAUAUUUUACGAUGUUGUCGAGAAGGAAACUGAGGUUGUUCGUAAGCGCAACACAUUGGCUGCAGACUUCCACAACUUCCUCAUCCAAGGAACAGAGCAGAUAUAUCUUAUCCAUCUGCCGAUGUUCCAUGUUGCGAAUCACCGCCAACAACUCAUUGUAUCUGUGAGCUUUGACGAAAAGUCUCAAGCCAAGUAUGCCGCGUUGAAGAAGUCGAACCCGAAUGAGCCAAUGCUACUAGUUACCCAACGCAAGGUCAUGCUCAAAGAUGUUGUUGAUGAAAAUGGAAGUUUCCAGGCUCAAAUCAUGACGAAGGAAUCAGGAAUCAUCCUACAGGACGUGGAUGUCACACUGCAGAAAACGGUCGUCAGCCGACCCUUGAACUCUAAGUGGCGACUUGACAGUUAUCCCGAGACUUUCAUGCCAUUCUAUCUCUACGGAAAUUCGAACGAGGCCAACAUCGACCACGUAAUCGUCCGCGCGCCGAACACCCAGCUGUCUGCAAGCGGCUGUAAACUCAACUUUUACAACCGCAUCGAUGACUCAAUCUGGGAAAAAGAUUUGAUCCUCUUGGUUGAGGAUGUCCGUGAGGCGCCAAUGCAACCAUUGCCACCAAACAGCGAAAUUGGCAGCCAAAAUGGCGCAGUUAUAACCCAUGAUAUCCAUCAUAAGCAGAAUGCCGCGAAAGGUGAUGCCAAGAAUGGUGCGAGGAACGGCCUCAAAGAUUUCCCGCGGAAUGGUUUGUCGCUUACAGCGUCGACUGAGAGCUUCUCAAUUGAGUACGGCUCUAAUGCAAGCCAAACUAAUGACAGCGACGUUGGAGCAAAGCUGCACAAGGAAGAUGAGUCUCACGAACCACACGUUGCAGCCGGAGUGGUGAGUAGUGAGACUCGUAGUGGCGCCGCACGAGGGUCAAGUUUCUUCUUCCGUCCGGGCGCGACGUUCAAAGUUGGAGUUUGGGAGGACAAGCAACGAUCACACGAAAGCUCCAGAUUCGCCUCCUUUGAGCUCGGAACUUUUGUCGGUCGUGGCACACUGACUCUGGGAGGAAGUGUAUAUGUUGACAGCGAGGCGAUGAACUUUGACCCUUUCAAGAAGGUCGAAAAUGUCACUGAAUGGCGGCACGAGUUUGAUCAGAUUGGAAAGGAGCUGGCCUAA